UAUUAAUACAAAAUUAAAGUAGAAGGGCGCCCGGGGAGCAUCUAGUUCUUUUUAUAGCAUAAGAAGAAAGAAGAUAGAACUGGUAUCUCUGUCGAAUCCCGUGUCGAAUCCUAACCCACCACGUGGCUCGAUUAGUGAAUGACCAUUGAACAUAUCAUCAAAAAGCGCUAUUCCCCCUAUCCGUUUGCAAGGCUUCUCCUUUAGUCUUCUUCAUCCUCUGUUUUUAUUUCCGAAAUUCUCAGCUGUCAGCACAGCAUCGAGCUCAAAAUCUUGAAAAAUUGGCAUCAAAAGGGAGACUUUUUCUGCACAAAAUACUGACAAGGGGUGCCCCAUUUCGACUUUUCUGCGGUUUCUACACAUUCUUGUUCUUGGGUUCCUCAGAUUUUUUUAAGCCUCAAAAGAAAAGCAAAAGAAAUGACAGGGUUUCUCACAUUGUAAGGAAAAAAAACUCACUGUGAUAGAAAUUGUAUUAAAAAAUGGAGUGUAUCGGAGCUCAGAAUGUUGCAACAAUGAUCGUCUCAAAAUGCCCUGCUAAAGGGUCGUCUAGGAGGAGGAGGAAAAGUUGCAGUGGUAAAGAUGUUCUUUUUCACCAAAUUCGGAUGUGUAGAAAUAGUUCAAUGGUCAUGCAAGUGAGAUGUGCCGGCACUAGUACAAGUAGUGAAAGCUGUGUGGCUGUUAAAGAAGGGUUUGCUGAUCAAGAAGAUUUUAUUAAGGCUGGAGGGUCUGAGUUACUUUAUGUUCAAAUGCAACAGAACAAGGAUAUGGAAGAACAGUCUAAACUUUCUGAUAAGCUACCUCAAAUAUCAGUGGGUGAUAGCAUUCUUGAUUUGGUGGUAAUUGGCUGUGGUCCUGCUGGUCUUGCCCUUGCUGCCGAGUCAGCUAGGCUAGGUUUGGCUGUGGGGCUAAUCGGGCCAGACCUUCCUUUCACAAAUAAUUAUGGUGUAUGGGAAGAUGAAUUUAAAGAUCUUGGGCUUGCUGGGUGCAUAGAGCAUGUUUGGAGGGACACCAUUGUAUAUCUUGAUGACAGCAAUCCAAUUUCCAUUGGUCGAGCUUAUGGACGAGUGAGCCGUCAUCUGCUCCAUGAAGAGCUACUGAAAAGGUGUGUCGGGUCAGGUGUUUCAUAUCUUAACUCAAAGGUGGAAAGAAUUGUUGAAGCUGCUGAUGGUCAUAGGCUCGUAGAGUGUGAAGGCAACAUUGUCAUUCCCUGCCGGCUUGCUACUGUUGCAUCUGGGGCUGCUUCUGGGAAACUACUGCAGUAUGAAUUGGGAGGACCAAGAGUUUCUGUUCAAACAGCAUAUGGUGUCGAGGUUGAGGUGGAAAACAACCCAUACGAUCCCAAUGUGAUGGUCUUCAUGGAUUAUAGAGACUACAUGAAAGGCAAAAUUCAAUCUUUGGAAGCAGAAUUUCCAACAUUUCUGUAUGCAAUGCCAAUGUCACCAACUAGAGUUUUCUUUGAGGAAACCUGUUUAGCUUCAAAAGAUGCAAUGCCAUUUGAACUAUUGAAGAGAAAACUGAUGCUCAGAUUAGAUACAUUGGGAGUUCGAAUCAUCAAAACAUAUGAAGAGGAAUGGUCUUAUAUACCAGUAGGUGGAUCCUUGCCAAACACAGAGCAAAAGAAUCUGGCAUUUGGUGCAGCUGCUAGUAUGGUACAUCCAGCCACCGGUUACUCGGUGGUCAGAUCAUUGUCAGAGGCUCCAAAAUAUGCUUCUGCAAUAGCAAACAUUCUCAAACAAGAACAAGCAAAGGACAUGGUCACAGCAAAUAUCUCUGCCCAAGGUAUAAAAAGCAGCGAUUCUUCUUUUGGAUACUUGGAAAUGAAGUGAUUGUCAUAUUCAUAACAUGUGUAAUUAUGAAAACAAGAGUCCUUUACAGUACUAUUUGGCCUAUGUCUCCUUGAGUGUGUGGCUAGUCUGUUUUGUGGUAAAAUGUUCACACCUUAAGGAAAAGGGAGAGGAGAGCAUAGUAGAGCACUUGCAAUCAUGAAUCAUGUUUCUAUAAUAAAUCAGUUGGAUAAACUAUCAGCAAUGUAAAUGGCAAAAGGAAAGGUAAAGCCUCAUGUUCUCUACUUUCAAGGUUUGACCCAGCAGUUUUCAAGUAACUCAAUCUUUACUCCAUGGGAGUAUUCUUCAACAUCUCAAAAACUUAAUGGACUGCAUAUUCAUUUUAUACGGCUUGUUCUCAUUUCAGCUUGGAAUGCCCUGUGGCCUCCGGAGAGGAAACGCCAAAGAGCAUUUUUCCUUUUUGGAUUGGCACUUAUAUUGGAGCUGGAUAUCGAAGGCAUAAGGACUUUCUUCGAGACAUUUUUUCGCCUGCCAAACUGGUGAGUGCAAAAUUUACCGAAAGAUUUUAGUGAACCUGUUACGCUGUUGAAUCUAAAUACUUCCUUUAAUCGCUUAUCUUCUUGUACGAAUUCCUGAAAAACAUAUAGUUGUUUCUUUGGUAUUGAGAUAGGAAAGUAUUGUUAAGUAUUGUUAUACUUGCUAUUGUGAUGAACAUUUUGCUUAUCUUUACAGGAUGACACAGGGAUUUCUUGGCUCUAGUCUUUCCUCAACAGACCUCGUGUUGUUUGCAUUUUAUAUGUUUGUCAUAGCGCCAAAUGAUUUGAGAAAAUGUCUUAUAAAACAUCUCUUAUCUGAUCCAACUGGUGCAACUAUGGUAAGAACAUAUCUCAGCGUGUAGAGCCCUGUAAACUUCCUCUGGUGUGGAAAUCUCCAUUUCAUCAGUUCUGUAGCUUCCCACGCCUAAAAUUUUGUAAAUAACUAUGUUGUCAAAAACUCAUCACAAAUAAUGGAAGUUUUGGUAUCUGUUCUUGAUUCUCGAGGUUUACAGCACUCAACUUCUGAG